GGGAGCUUCAGCUCGUAGCCAGCAGCAGCCCAGGCUCGGGCGGACUCUCCCGCACGUGGAAUCCGCAGGCGCCGGAACCUCGACCCAGUUGCACGGCGGCGGCUGCAAAGCAACGCGCGCACCGGGCGACGAGCGCAGGGGAAAGCCGCAGAGGUUUCCCGGAGCGGUCCCUGGGGGCGAGCAAAAAUAAUAAUAAUAUCUCAAUUGUUAUUGUUGUUAUUGGGAGUCGAGAGGCCAGCCCCGCGCGCAAAAGUCUGGGACGCGGCUUUGUAACCCGGUGAAACUGACACGGGCAGAGGGCCGCAGCGAGAAGCAUGGAUAACAAUUCGGGUGGUGUAAUCCUGUAUGUGGGCUCAACUGCCGGCUCCAGCCCUACCCCAGGCAGCCCUCCCAGCGGAUAUCUGGUGCCUUCGCCCCAACACUCUCUGCCCUCCUCGUUGGAAGAGCUGACCCUUACUGAGAUCGGGGCCAUCAAGCCACAAACAGCCAGCUCUCCUUCCUCGCCGAAGGUCGCCUUCCAGUUCCCCGAGGCAGUUCGCUAUUCCAACAAAGGCCCGUCGCCUCCAACGCAGAGCAGAGUGCCUGCCGCCAAACAGAAUGGAGCCGCCGGCACCUUUACGAAGACUGGAGGGAUGGUGCUACUCUGCAAAGUUUGCGGUGACAUCGCCUCUGGCUUCCAUUAUGGGGUCCAUGCCUGUGAAGGAUGCAAGGGGUUCUUCCGCCGGAGCAUACAGCAGAACAUCAACUAUAAGAUGUGCGUGAAGAACGAAAACUGCAUGAUCAUGCGGAUGAAUCGCAACCGCUGCCAACACUGCCGUUUCAAGAAGUGUCUGGCUGUGGGCAUGUCGAGAGAUGCUGUGCGCUUCGGACGCAUCCCUAAGCGAGAGAAACAGCGCCUGCUUGACGAGAUGCAGAGCUACAUGAACAGUUUGAACGAGGCCCCCAUGGACGUCGGCCUGAGCCCGGAGGCAGAUGCCCCACCCAGCCCAAACAUCCAAGAAGAGGAAGCCAUCAAUGCCAUCUCAAGGGCUUACCACGAUAUCUUUGUGAGCGGGCAAGACCGCCUGGGCAAGCGCGAAGGCACUCCGGGGGCAGAGGCCUGCCCCUUGACCAACUUCAACGACCAGCAACUUAACAACUCCUAUGGCUACGGGCAGUAUGAAUCGGCUACCUUGCGGUUGUCCAGUUAUGGCUCGCAGGAAUCACCCAGUUACAUGGACAAUAGUCCCCGUUGCUUUGGCAACGAGAUCUUCCAGGCCCAGCAGGCUGGUUAUCUGCACAAUGCUGGGCGUUACCCAGCCUUUGAGUAUGGCUAUCCUGAGACAAAUGCCCAGAGGGGCUGCCCGUGGCGGGGCACAACCAGCCGAGGCAUUGCGUGCCCUCUGAAUGCUAUCUCCUACUGUAGCAACGGCAAGAGCAGCCAGCAGGUGUGGGAAGAGUUUUCUCAGUGCUUUACGCCAGCCGUCAAGGAGGUGGUGGAGUUUGCCAAGAGCAUCCCCGGCUUCCAGUCACUGUGCCAGCAGGACCAAGUGAUGCUACUCAAAGCGGGCACCUUCCAGGUGUUGAUGGUGCGCUUCUCCUCCCUGUUCAGCGCCAAGGAGAAAGUGGUGACCUUUCUGAGCGGGGAGACGUACUCUCUCUGUAGCCUACGCACCAUGGGAAUGGGGUCCCUCUUGGACGCCAUGUUCGAGUUCAGUGAGAAACUCAGUUCUCUGGGCUUGGAUGCUCAGGAGAUGGCUCUUUUCAUGGCUGUGGUCCUUGUCUCAGCAGAUCGCUCUGGCAUCUCUGAUGUGGAUGGUGUGGAGAUCCUCCAGGAGACUUUAAUACGGGCCUUGAGAACUCUAGUAACCAAAAAGCAUCCGGACGACUCCACACUCUUCCCCAAGCUGCUGCUCCGUCUCCCGGACCUGAGGACCCUCAACAACCAGCAUUCGGAGAAACUCCUUGCCUUCCGGAUCAACCCCUAAACCUGCUAGACCAGUCAGCCUCUUAAACCCGAGGAACUGGGGAGAAGAAGAACCGAGUAUCAAGCGAAUCUAACAGAUGGGACUAAAUUUUGCUCUUUGAAAGAAGACGAUGGCGGACAAGGAGCAGAAGGGAUCUGGCAUAGGCGAGGAACCAUUGUCCAUCACAGCUGGGACCUACUCCAGUGCUCCUGGUGAGGAGAUCAGAUACAGGCAGAGAAGCGCAUUGCACAGACAGCGCUCUCCGUGACACUGUGCGGCUUGAAGAUCAUUUCUUUGCUAGAGGAGAUCAAGCAAAUGAACUGGACAUGCAUUGUACUGUUGUUUCAAAAUGUGUGUUAUAUAUACAUCAUUCCCCCCCCCCCAUGUGAUAUUGUCUUGAGGUUCUGUUCUGUAUAUAAAGACAAUGAGAGCAUUGUACAUAAUAGAAAUUAUGGGUAGCUCUUGGGACGAAAAAGCUCUUAGUUCCCUUCUUUAAUCUGCAUGCUACCAUAGCUCCAAGUUUUAGACUUCUUUUGACUCUAUUCCCUGGAGAAAUAGUAGCACAUACGGGGGUGCUAGCUGCUGCAUUGUCUUAAAGAUGUCCAAUAUAUAUUGCAGAUUUUACUGGGUAACUUCUCUUCAGAUCUAAAGUAGAACUACGCAAGCUAGCCGGUUUCUACCACUCCUUCCCAACUGAGCAAGUGGGGGCCACAACCUCUUUUUAAAAAUUUUUGUCUUGUCUGAUGUGGGUAUCUAUAUAGUGUAUAUUUUGUAAAUGUCUCAAAACCACAAAGGAGCUUCCACCAGUACAUAGACAAAGACUUGCACUCAAAAUGGCCGUGGGUGAUGCUAAUGUGAUUUGGAGUUGGUUUCUCAGAAAGGGAGUUCAGAUGGAAGGGGAGAGAGCAUCCUCGGAUGACUCGAUGGGGGAUGAAGAAGACGGCUUUGAUAAGUCAGGAAUCCUACCCUGCCGAGUAAGAUUUAGAAUGACGAGUUUAGUGAAGCUUUGGGGAAGAAAGGGCUAAACAAAACAAACACUCCUAAAUACCGUUCUGUCCAACCUUGCUGGUCCUUUUGGGGUAAUGGUGCUUUUUUGUCCCUGACAGUUUAAAGCUGUGAGUAGUCCCUCUCAGAUUCCCAGUGCCUAGUCUCCCAUGCUAACCUUUAUAGGAUAGGCUCCUUGGAGGCAGAAGAGUGGGAUGCAGAAAUAGACUUGGAAUUCCUGCAUCCUUUGCUGUCUCCAAACUGCCUUUGCUCCUACUGGAUCCCAUCUCUGUUCUAGAGCUGAGGAUAGAAUAACCCUGGAAUUAUGGCAUGCUCACCCUUUCCGAAUCAUCAGCAAACCCCAGAAGGGGAAGGAAUCAGACCUGAAAGUCCUGGUUCCAGCUUCCCCCAUUCCCCAUAACUGCGGUUAUGUCUACUCUGCACUUAAAAAAAAAAAUCAGAUUGUGUGCCAAGAAACGCCAAAAUAUGUGACCUGAAUAAGUUAUGCAAAUGAAACAACUAUGUAAUUAAUUUGCACGAUUUAUUCCCUUACUGCUAGCUGUGAAAUCGGGGGCAGAUGGAGGACUCCGGAAACUCUGGAGAUCCACUGAUCUCUGGGAAUUCUGCUUCUGGGUUUCCCAAAUCGCAAAUGAUGGGGGCAGACCGGUGGCUUCAAACAUGGGUCAUCUGUACGGCAAGAGGGAGGCGUGUCAUUAAACGUGCCAAUGGGGCACGUGGUGUGGAGAUGCUGAAUGCUUUUUUCAGCUUCUGCUUUUACGCCCACAGUCCCCCUCAGCUGGGCUCUGAUUCUAGCUGGAGCAAGGUAGCUGUGGAAAGAAGCUGUGAAAGGAAAAGUGCCAAGGAAAGAGGAUUCCGCAUCAAUUUGGUACUUCAGAUUCAUACUUGUCAAGCUAUCCUGCUCUACAGGUGACUGAGGUGAAAACAUGUUUGAAGAACUGACUCGGACACGUUAGGAUGCCGUUUGGCUUGGGAUUUCACAAGGCCAAGGCUGACAUGUGCGACAUCUCCUCAGCCAUAAGGGCUAGCAACUUAAUUUUUUUAAAAAAAAUAUUUAAAUCUCAGGAUGUUGAAUUCUGUCCCAGAUAGCAUGGGUUGACUCUGUUCCGCCAAGUCUUCUUCCUUUGAAGAAGAACUUAGCAGAAGAGAGUAAUAAAAUCCGAACCCCCAAGGGAAACAUCUUUAAGGAUGCCAUUUGGUAGGCAAACACCCCUCCCCCCCCGCUCGUACUCCUCUGCCGCCCCCCGCCCCGAUCAUUGAAAUGGCAGGUCAGAAACGAGGAGGAAUCUGUGUUGCUCAAUGCAGUGACAUCACUUCUGGAUCCGGAAGUGACAUUGAUGUGUCAAGUGGACAUUCUAGGAAUCUCCCCAAGACCACUGAAUUUGGGGAAAUUCCUAGAGCAUCUCGCAACGAGGCAAUGCCAUUUAUGGUUCUCCGCCUGAACUGACAUCUCUGCCUCGAGUGACACCAAUUUUGGCAACCUCCAUCCACCUCCUGCCUGUUGCCAGCGUAGGUCUGGCAACCUAAACGUGGCACAAUUGCGGACAGGGAUCACCUACAGCUCUGACUAUUAAGCGUCCUGAUAAUGACUUUUCCCCUUCUGAUGCUGUACAUCAGUCUGGGGACCCCAAACCCUUUUUGAAAAAUUUGUAAGAGAGAGGACCAAACAGGGAACAUGGACUCCCUCUUCUUCCCAGUUGCAUCCCACUUUGGGUGUGGCCGGCAUUGAUACAUAUCAGGUGUUCACAUAACCAUGUACAGGAGAUGUCAUGGCAUGAAUAGUCGCUCUCCUGUGUGCAUGACGUGGGGAUGUUAAGUGUUCUUGGCAGGGUGGGAAGGACGCUGCUGCUGCCGUCGCCGUUCAACCCUGCAUUGAAAUAAAACCAAACAUUGCACUUUUCUUAGAAAUCUUGGGGUAGGGGCAGGGAAAGGUAUGAUAUAUAUAUAUAUUAAAAGAGAGAGAGAGAGAGAGAAUUCCCUCCCUAAAGCGGAGUAUAUUUGCUGCAAAAGGAAAAAAAAAGAGAGGGUUUUAUUUGCUGCUGUUGCUGCUGGGAGUCCAAAGACUCACAAAAGAUGCCGACGAGAAAGAGAGAGAGAGUUUAUUUUUUGUCUAAUAUUGAAGUGCAAUAAAUACAUUACAAAUAAAUAAAAACUUGCUUAACAGUGAAA